AUGGACCUGGGCAUGAGAGUGGGCAAAGUUAAGCGAUAAAAGAUCAUAAAUGGGUCUUCAGUUGUCCAGGCUGCUUUUCACAUUGGAAAUGAAUAAUAAAUCAAAAUAAUCACAUAUGAUAUUCUUUAAUUUAUCAAAUUAUAAACUCUAAAGCCCAUGAGUUUAAUAUAUUAAGACAAUUAGAUCUCAACAGUAAUAUCAUCUGGAUAGGUAAUUCUGACUAGAAGUUACACCCUUAAUAACAUUCAUAACAAAUUCCUUUUUAACACUAGGAUAAUUAUAGAUCAAAAUUUCUAUAAAUAGCAUUGUUGUUCAGGAUUUUAGUCCUAAUUUUCAGUCUAUGAUGAAAUUUUUAGUCAAAAAAAAUAUACAAAGUGGAUGACAAAAAAUAAAAAUAUAUAACUCGAUGGCCAUAGAUUGAAAAAAUAAUUUAACAAAACUAAAAAGUACAUAAAGAAUAAAAAGCAACGGAGCUAGAAGAAGACGCAUUAAAUAAAGGAAAUGCCUCAGAAAAUGAAAAAAGAGAAUGAUACAAGCAAAAUCAAACCUCAUAUUGAAAUUAGAGCAAUAUUUUAAGAGUUGAUUUGCAUCAAAAUUAAAUUAAUUUCUAAGCCAAUAUCGAAAGAAGAAAAAUGGUUUGAAGUUAACAGAGUAAAAUUAUAAGAAAAUAAAGCUGUUUAUAGAAUUAUGAUACUUUGA